AUGGAUACAAACGGGGCAGGUCCAUCGACUCUUCCAAAUGUGCCUGAGCUAUCCUCCUCAGUUCCACCCCCCGCGCCGUCGCAUCCCUUAUCCUCCACGCAUUUCUACUCAAUCGAAUACCCAGGAUACGUGCAACCUACCUCGAUCCCUCUCGCAGUAGAGCGGCUCGGCGGACAGACGAGUAUUGAAACAGCAUUUAAACGCGUCUCCGCCAAGAACGAAUCGCUCCUCGAGCUGCAUCUCCGCCCUGGAAUCCCCUUCGCGCACCCCGUGCCCGGGGAUAUUGUCCCAACGAGCAACGUGCUGCUGAAGGUAAUCAAGCGCAAGCGUAAGAGGCCGAACGUGGAGGAGGUCACUGGGGUGCGGGAGGAAGAGCAAGUAGGGGAAUACACCGUAGAGGCUGUCGGCGUCAUCCCGAAGACUGUGCGGUUCAGGGGUAUGGUGGAUUAUCAGUUCCAGCCUGACAUGAACGACCCACUGGCAAAACUCCGCGUUGCGAUGGAUAACAUGGAUGUUGAAAGUAUCCUUAAGUACAAAAUCCCGCCGGAGAAAGAAGAUUACAUGAUCUCUGUCGGUGGAGACCCCUCCGCUAUGCAGAUCGACCCGCAGUUAAUGGACGAGCCUCAAGAAAAGCAGCCAGACACGAAGAUGAAGAGUAAUCUCCGACUCUUCACUCCUCCACUCUUCAGCCGCCAAGGAAUACCUCAAAAUUACAAUUACAGAGCGAAUACCGCGUCGGUGGUAACGACUGUCGUGGACGAAGAGACGGGCGAGGAGAAGAAACGUCUUAUCAACCGCACGCGGUGGAAGGGCUAUGGCCCCAUUUCCAUCCUAUUCUCUGACAAGACCGUACCGGACAAGCCCCCUGCGACUGUCGAGGAGAAACGGAAAGAAGCGGACCCAAAGCUACUCAAGAAAUUGGAAGAGCUAUUUCAAGAGCGCCCCAUAUGGACGCGUGCUGCACUCUUUAACCAACUCGCGCCGUGGGAGAUGCGCGAGGUGAUCAACUCCAAGUUCCUCCUCCCCCUCGUCUCAUACGUCUUCCAAGAUGGGCCAUGGCGCGACACACAGCUCUGCCUGGGGUACGACCCGCGACAGGACCAGGACGCGCGUUUCUACCAGCGUCUGUACUUUCGCAACACCAGCCACCCGGUGGUACGCCCGUCCAUCACGAUCAAGCGUCAAGAAGGUAGGGUCGAAGCACAGGCGCGCUCUACCGACACUGCCAUACGUGAAGUGGACCGCAGGUCGCAUAUAUUCGAUGGUCUGACAGUCACGAAAGAGACGGCGGCGUUCCAGCUGUGCGAUAUCUACGACCCGAUGCUGAAGGAGAUGAUCGAGGAUGAAGACGAUGUCCGCGAAGUCUGUAACGAGCGCGACGGGUGGUAUUCCACACGUGCAAUCGAACGGAUAAAGACCGUGCUGCGGCACAAGUUCUUCUCACUCCUCGGCGGACAUGUUGCGACCCGUGAAGAGUGUGAGGCAUUGCUCGUCCCACAGGAGGGCACGAACAAGCUCCCCCUGCGCCCCACGAGGCGCCUCAAGCCCGGGAAACACAACAUGGCCAAAGGCGCGCUGCGCCCAGAGGAUGCGGCAGCUCAGCGGUUAACGGCAAUGAUCGAGCAGAAGGCGAAAGACUUCCAGAGUCAACGAUGA